CUUCAGUUUGAAUAAAUCCUGCAGAGUGGAAGCAUUUGGUGGCAGCACUUGAGAAUCAGGCGGACAUACGCAGAAGCAGCAGCAGCAGAGACCUGUUAUUACAGCCGGUGACGCUGAGGAGCUGCACACAACAAGCCUCUCCUCCUCCUCCUGCUUCCCUCCACAGGCUAACCUGGAUUCGCAUCCACAAGAACUGCAUUCAUACUGCAAGUGGAGCCGCGCAUCCUCCAGGCUCAGCGACCCUGCGCGGAGAGUGGAAGGCACUGAGACGAGACAGAGAUGCUGAUGUCUGGGAUGCUCCUUCGCCUCCUCCUGGCUGGGAGCUGUCUCUGUGUCGGUGGAAACCCUGUCCACCUCUUGGACUUAAAUGUCACGCAGGACAGCGACUGUGAUGGAGACUGUGAGAGACGCUUGGUGGAGACUGGCAGGUCAACACACACCAUAGGUGUGGAUGUAAAGUCUAAACCCUCGGAUAAAGAACAUGUAACUGGCCUGAUAUUGAAUGUAGAUGCAGGAGGAGGGGCUGGUCCUGAGGGGAUAGCUCCGGUGCUGCAGGAAGAAAAUGGGGACAGCCUUGAUGGACGAUCUGGGCCAAGUAAAGCUGGUGGAGAGGCAUGGAGCCAAAACAACAGAGGAAAGAAGGUCAGGAGCUCACCUGAUAUUAGAGAUGAUGACAGACAGCCAGAGUCAGUUCUUUCAGAGGAGUCAGAGAGUAGUGAGGACAGCAGGUCUCUUACUGAUGAGCAUAAUUCACCUCCUACAGAUGGAGCAAAGCAGUUGGACACAAAAGACAUGAGUACUUCAAGAUUGAUUCUGGAUGGGAUUCAGGCCUCUGCUGCAACACCAGCACCAGCACAGCUGGAGACUUCAUCCAGCCAACAGGACAACCAAGGCAGGGAGGACAGGACAAGAUUCCCUGGUGGAUAUGCUUUUCCAGAACCUCCAUCGACUUCUCCACACAUCCAGAGACAAAGUCCCCUCCCUGCUGCAGUCUUUGUCUCCUCUCAGACCUCCACACCUUUGACAAUUUGGGGCCAUGAUGGAGCUACAAUCUCCUCACUCCCUGAGCCCUUGUUACCUGAAUUUGGACCAGAUCUGAUGCCCAGAGAUGAAGGACUAGAAAGUUUGUGGACUGAGGCAGCAAGACCCGAUGGAGUGGACACAGUGGACCCACUGUCUCAGGAUGAAGCCACAGAGGGCACCAUGUCAUCAGAGGCGCUUCCUCUCAUCUUUGAGCCGUUUGAAGAUGUAACACCAGAGGGGGCAGCAUCAGCAGCAGGGGUCACACCGGCACCUGGCAGCACUCACUCUCCUGCUGCCAUGGCGACCGGAGGGAUGCUUCUGUCAGAGGUGGACCUGGCCCAGCUGGUCACAGUGGACACGGACAAUGAUGGUCCCUCGCAUGCUCUGCCCCUGCUGAUGCCAGACUGGAUGUCACCUUGGCAGACAUCGGGCGCCGAGCUUCAGGAGCCAAUCAGCUCUCCGGUUCCGUCUGUUUCACAGCGGCGAGCUGGAACACAGCCGGAGGAUCAUUCUGAGAGAGUUGCUGUGAGGACACCAAACCUUAAAGAAAACCUGCCCACCGCUGGCCCCUCCCUUUCAUCCUUCAUCCACCAUACUAUGACAACGGUUGCCAUGGUAACCCAUCAGCCUGUGCACAAAUCUAGAUCAGGGUUAGAGGAGAUGGAGUCUGAGGAGGAGCACGAUGAGGACGACGAGGACGAGAACUCAGAGGAGUCGGUGGAAGACGACAGCGAAGAGGACCUGACAGAUUCACCGCAGACGUCUUCAACGCAGCCACCGUACAGCCUCAUCCCUCCUCCUCCCGUCUGGGUUCAACGCAACCAGGGGCUGAUGCGAAGCUGGGUUGAGCUGAUUAGAGAAAAGGCGGGUUACGUGUCAGGGAUGUUGGCCCCUGUGGGCAUCGGCAUCACCGGGGCCCUCCUCAUCGUCGGCGCCCUCUACAGCAUCAGAAUGAUUCACCGCAAAAGGAGGAACAGCUUUAAACAUCAGAGGAGGAAGGUCAGACAGCCAGAGCAACCUCGAGAGCACAGCACCACUGGUCAUGACCAAGCCAUGCUGCUGGCCGACAGCUCUGAAGAUGAAUUCUGAUGAGACCGUUUCAGGCUGGGUUUUUUUUCCCGUUGGUGACCACUGCCUGAUGCUCCUGUGAUAGGGGCUUGGUGAAUAUCACCAUCGCUAUGACUACCACAUCUCCGAAUCACCCUGGGCUGUUUGGCUAUGACUCAUCUGAUCCACAUAGUGUGACUGAGGAUAGUGCACAAUUUGCACAGGCUGCACAAUGGUCAGCUUUGUACUCGCACCCCCACCCUCCUAAAAGUACCAACGUGAGCACUUUUUUUCUUUUUAAAUGUUGUCAGGUGAUGUUGACUCUAAUGGCUGAACAGGGCUGAUGUGCGGCACUUUGACAUUAAAACAACAGCAACGCCGAUAAUGCUGCCCGUAUAAUACACAAAUGCAUUAGCAGGGUAUUUACUGAAUUAAAGUGUUGCUGGUAAACAGAUGUUUUUGUGCAGCGGACGUUUUCUGUCAUGUACUGAAGGGCUGUUGCGGAGUUACAUAACAACCAUGUAAAUAUAUGUACUUUAUAUGUAGCUGACUUGGCGUCAGUCAUGUUAGUGUAAAUACAAUUUCAAAUUCUCGCAUAGCACUUUGGGGGAAAAGGGAAAAGAAAAUUCUGAGCCAUUUUGUUUGUCCAAAAUCUGGACGUAGCAGAAGAAGCCAUUUCAUUUGUCCCGUCGAUGGACGCAGCGUCUGAUUUGCAAGCGUAAUUUAGCAUAAAGCUAGCUGGCCUGGCUCUGUCCAUACGAGCAGAAACCUGCCAAACUGCACCUUCAAAGCUCAAUAAUGAACAUAAUGUGUGGUGUGAACAAAAAAGAAAACAUAAAAAUAACAAAUCAUGAUUUCACAGGGAUUAAAUACUGAUCUAUCUCUUGACCAGGAGCAAUAACUUUCUAAGAUUCCCACUGAUUAUCGCUAAACAAAUGGUUUACUUGUGAACUAAAGUGGUGCUUAAGGGCAGAUUCUGUUGUAGACAAACAGAACCAGGCUUGUCAUUUCCCCCUCUAGAUUGUGUGUUAGGAUUAGGUGAAUAUCUCGUGUUACAAGUGUUAUCUUAAAAAUGUCUCAUCGUUAUGAACGUGACAGUUAACUUGUCAUUUGUCUUUAUGCAAGGUGAGGGAAUGAACGUUUCUCAAAAUGUGGAAACAACUGCUUAAAAGCAAGAUUUCAUUUUCAUGUUUACUUGGUUAAUAGUUCAUAAAGGUAUCAGUGAGAAGCACACAUGGAAUACCUUCUUCCUUAAAGUAUGUAGCGACAAACUAAUUUCCAUGUAGUGUAACUGAUUUUUAUUCGUUCGACACACGUGACGUGACACUCACUUUGUUUCAAAAUUUGCCGGAAAAGCAAAGACAUUGGACACACUGAGGCAAAGGUUAAUGUUUUCCUACAAGUCAAAGAGUUUUGUUUUGUAAACCAGCUCGGUUUGUGUGCAUUUACGUGUCACAUUUCUUGGACGGGUUCUAGUCAGAUGAGGUUUCACAUCUUUACUUUUCGGGAAGAAAAUCAGAAGCAUUUCAUAGUAAACCUCUCUGUAAUUCAGAAAAGAUGUAGGGAAUAUCUGUACAUCUUGUCCUUUGUUAAAACUAAAGGUUUUCUGUAACUUCAUGAGCCAUGUGAUUAUGCUAAAUGUUUAACUGCUUGUUUAUAUGCAAUAAUACCAACUUAGGAUGUGUGAUAUAAAAUAGUGACUCCUUGUUGCUAUGUA